AUGAAGCAGCGCAACCUUGUAAAUCAGUACCUCAUAUUCCAGAUGCCGGACCAGGGGCCAUACUACGGCCAAGCAGGCUGGCUCGCGUACUGCACUGAAAAUUUGGAACCCUAUCGCACUGGGAUUAGGCGUAUUAUGGGCGUUUUGGAAAUCAUACUAGCCCAGGAUAAAGAUGGCUGGUUUGUGGGCGAUAAGUGCACUUUCGCGGAUCUUGAGUUCUUGUCGUACAAUCGGCAGUCUCGCGGUGUUCCUAGGCUGUGCGCAGGCGGGAUGUUUCGAGGGUUUGCCGCUUAUGAAGGCUUGGUAUAA